GCAGGUCCAAGGCGGAGGGUGGGGACCCAGGGUGGGCUGCGUCCUCCAGCUCUGACUCUUUGCACAUAGACGCUGUCAGCUGAUUCACUCUCCUCUAGGAAGGAGGGGAGGGGAAAAGGUAUCUGCCCCCUCCUCCUCGGAAAAGCCAAGGCAACUCAGCGGCUCUGCAGCCUCUCCCUUCCCACGCCUGGACCAUGCACUUCUGCACCUUUCUGGCAGGCCACUGGCGACAAGUCUGCUUCCGGAGCUGAGGGCUCAAACUUUCUGACUUUUCUACUCCCCGGCACCCGAACCAUGCCAUGUGCCCGGAGGAGCUGGCUCACACGCCUCUCCGCCGCAGCUCAGCUUUUUAGCUUCGUGGCGCUUUGUCUUGGGCGACACCUUCAGCCAGGCCUGCUUGGCUUUCCAGAUAGGAGGCAAGCGCGUUUUCUCGAGGGUCUGCCCGAAUACCACGUGGUGGGGCCUGUCCAGGUAGAUGCCAGUGGGCAUUUCCUGUCCUAUGACCUGCACCACCCCACCACCGGUGGCCGGAGGAAGAGAGACUUGGACGAUUCAGAUGACCGGGUGUAUUACAGAAUUUCACAUGAGGAGAAGGACCUGUUUUUUAACUUGACAGUGCAUAAGGAGUUUCUUUCCAACAACUACAUUGUGGAGAAGAGAUAUGGGAACCUCUCCCAUGUACAGAUCGUGGCUCCCGUGGGGCCCCGCUGCCAUCUCAGGGGCACGAUUGUACAGCAGGGCACCACGGUUGGGACAGCAGCCCUCAGUGCUUGUCAUGGACUGGAACUGCACAUCUAUGUUGUGCAAAAUUCUGGCCUCCCAGAGAUUCGAGGAUACACAAUACAGGAAACAAACAGCGAUGCAAAGGAAGCUUUGCAAGUGGCAAGUUUGAUAUUUAAAGUCUUUGUCUCAGACCAUAAUAUGUUCCCUGUCAUCUUAUUCUGA